GCAUGCGUAUAAAUAUACUUCCUUUUAGUCUGCCAUUUCCUUUAGAAAAUCCAAAAUGAUUCGCUACGAAAUGGCCGUGGGCCUUCACAAAGGCCACAAAGUCACAAAAAUGAUCGAGGGCAGACAAAAUAGGCCAUCAAGAAGAAAGGGGAAACAAACAAAACAUGCCAAGUUUGUACGGGAUCUGGUGAGAGAGAUUGUAGGCUUUGCUCCCUAUGAGCGAAGAUGUCAGGAGUUGCUCCGAAUAUCAAAGGACAAACGAGCACUCAAGUUCUGCAAAAGGAGGCUCGGUUCUCAUCUUCGUGCCAAGAGGAAGAGGGAAGAAAUGCAGAACGUCUUGCAGAGAAUGAGGAAAGCACAGCAACACAAAUAGACUGUACUGUACAAAACUAUCAUUAAAGAUCCCAGUCAAA